AUGUCGAAUUGCUGCUCAACUAGCUUUUCUUGCGACCCUUGCGCUGGAUUUGGCGGUGCCCGAAAAGAAUACGAGCUCCAGCUCCAGUCCCAUCAUCUGUUCCAACGGGUUGUCAAAUGUGCUGCUCUAGUAGAGGUAGAGAGUUCAAGUAUUGCUCCAACAAUCCUUUCGACAAGUGUGAAGCUUGCAAAUUUCACGUUUGCGAUCCUCCUCUCUAUUGUCUUCAUUGCCUGUCCAGAAUUACUUGUUCACCAUUGCAAAAUCGUCCCAGCAAACCUCACACCCAUUGUCGUUCUCAAAAUUCUCACUAUGCGUCUCACAAUCCUUCUCUCAACCAUCUUUAUCGGCCUAGCAGUGGCUGCCGGAACUCCUACCAAACCUGAAAAACCAAACUAA